AUGGCCACUUCCGAAUCCAUCGAUGCUCAAACUUUGUACUGUUCAACCCUUUCGGCUGCGAUAAGUGUUUCCAUCCGCCGGCCAGGGCCUGUUCUGGAGUCUGCAGAACAAAGUAGACUACUGCUGGACCUUCAAAACACUUUCAUCACCGAACGGCCGAUGCUCAACAAGUUGGUCCUUUCUUCAAACACGGAUGAAAAUGUUCCUGGAUCUGUUUAUCAGCCCACGACUGACCUCCCAGCAGCAGUUGGUCCCGACACAACGCAUGCACGCCCUCAGGGCGCCGCGCCAACUAUGGAUGUAGCUUCAAUUUCGCGAAUGGCCAGACGGCGUCCAAUCAGACCUAAGACCGCUGUAUUCCCUCAAUACCCUGUCCCCACUAUAAAGCAUUGGAAGUCGCCCUUUCUCUCCACUACCCUCCUCCGCCUUCCCAUUCGCUCGGACGACCCUUGGAUCACUCUUGUCCUACCCUUUGCAAACAAUAUGUCGUCGGCUCGUUCGUCGUUCACUCUUCAUGAACCCGAAGAGUCUGAGCAGGGGUCCAAACUUCCGGCAUGUUUGGACCACGACGGCAUUCCGAAAUACUCCAACUUUUCUGUUCCGCCGUCCCAAUCGUGUGUGACUCUCGCUCCCGUGACAACGGACGCCCACGACGACUGGUUCUUCGACCCGCGGAAUCCCAGAAACUGGUCGGCUUGCACUAAAUGGUGCACAACCGCAAUUGUUGCUCUUUAUAUGUUUGUUUCCCCGCUGUCUAGCUCGACCAUGGCUCCCGGUGAAGCGCAAAUCGCGGCUCGAUAUGGCAUCACGAACCAGUCGAUCCUCGCCAUGACGCUUUCUAUCUUUUUGCUUUCUUUUGGGAUGGGGCCCUUGGUUUUGGCCCCGGUGUCUGAAAUGUAUGGAAGGUAUGAAUCGUGGCCCGUCUUUGACUUCAACAUCCAAACCACGCUCUAUAGGAAAUGGGUCCUUCACAUUGGGAAUAUUUUCAGUAUUUUAUUUCAUCUGGGUUGUGCAUUUGCACCAAAUACGGCCGCUCUCAUUGGGUUUCGUUUCAUGGCUGGUCUUUCGGGAAGCGCCCCUGUUGCUUGUGGCGGCGCCGUUGUUAGCGACUUAUUUUCCGAACGGGAAAGAGCCUCUGCAAUGGCUCUCUACAGUUUAGGCCCACUUCUUGGACCAGUCAUUGGGCCCAUUGCUGGCGGUUUUAUCGCACAGAAGGUUGGCGUCCAAUACGUCUAUUUCGCAUUGGCAGGAGUCACAACUUUUGCGAGCUUCAUUGGCCUUCCUUUCCUGCGUGAAACAUAUGCGCCCUUGAUAAAGCUUCGCAUUGCUGCUAGCGCUGUUGAUCAAGAAAAGGCUCUUGACACCGUCGAGAAACCUCGGCCGGCUAAUAUCACAGGAAAACUUUACUUUCUGUGGAUCAACUUUAGCCGGCCCGUUUAUCUCCUCACGCACAGCUUCAUUUGCUUUAUUCUGAGUCUGUACAUGGCCUUUUCAAAGCUUAUACGGGCAAGUCAAAAAGACUCAACUGCGAGUUUAGCGCUCAUAUCUUUAAAGCAUCUACUAUCUUUUCUUCGUCACUUUCAAUGGUACGUGGUCCAACACCUUGCAUAUCACCCGCCAAUUAAAAUUAUAGGUUUCUUUAUGAGCACAUAUGGGUUUUCAACUGGUAUUGCGGGUUUAAUGUACGCUGGGCUCGGCGUAGGCUUUGUCCUGGCUACGUGCUCCGGCGCAAAAUUCUCUAAUGCCCUUUAUCAACGCCUCUCGGACAAGAACGGAGGCAAGGGCGAACCAGAAAUGCGUAUUCCUCCCAUUCUCGUGGGAUCCUUCUUCGUUCCGCUUGGGCUCCUAUGGUACGGCUGGUCCGCAGAGACUAAAUUGCCUUGGAUCAUGCCUGUCGUCGGGUCGGGUUUAUUCGGCUUUGGCAUGAUGAUCUCCUUCCUUCCAAUCCAAUUAUACCUCGUCGACUCGUUCCAAUACGCCGCCAGCGCACUGUCCGCUGCUUUUCUCUUCCGUUCACUGCUCGGGUUUUCCUUCCCGCUCUUUGGACACGAGAUCUUCGCGAAGCUCGGAUAUGGAUGGGGCUUUUCGAUGCUCGCAAUCUGCGCGAUAUGUCUGGGAAUUCCAUUUCCUAUCUACAUAUACUACCGCGGAGCGGCAUUGAGAGCGAAGAGCGACUUUAACCACUAA